GCGCUGACAUCACUGGCUCCACCCGCCCUGGACGAGGUGCGAAGGAGCCAGACCAGGCAGCUCCCGCGGGACAGCAGGCAGCAGACGCGGGAGCCAGGACUCUCCCGCCAGCCACACUGAGGCGCUGGGGACCCAGCAGCCCUGGAGGCCAAGGCGGGCAGCCCUGCCUACUUCCCUGGGCCGUGCGAUCCUGAGCCAGCAGCUUCUCCCCUGCUUCCCACUGGGACAGGCGCCAGGGAUCCGCCGGGCUCCAGCCCCAAGCCGGAGGAGACGCCCUGUGUGCUCCCAAGGAGCAGACUUUCAGCCGAGCUGGGGUACAUGUCCCUCUCCCAGAGCGGGCGAAGGUGAGGGGCCGCCCCGCCGGGACUCCCACCAUGCGGGUGCGUGGGCCCCUGCGCUGCAGGGACCUCUGGCUGCUGCUCCUGUGCUGCACGUGUCAGGUGCGAGGAGCCCACCCCCGGGCCCAAGACCACCCAGGGUUUGCGGUCCUGGCUUCUGCUUCCCACUACUGGCCACUGGAAGAUGUAGAUGGGAUCCAGGAGCUUCAGGACAUGACUGGAGCACUGCGAGCUUACAACCUCACUGGGUCCCCCUCCCACUCUCCCACCUUUGUGCCCACCAGUGACUCUGCCUACUCCAAUCUCUCUGCGACUGUAGACCUCAUGGAGGCCAAGAUCAACAAGAGCAUUUACCUCAAGGAGGAGAAGGGGGAGACGCUGCUCUUCUACAAAAGCACCUCCUGCAUCAGCAGCCCGGAGAGGUGCAGUGUCCAGGGGCUCACCUUUUCCUUCUUCUGGAAGACCCAAGGCGAGCACGCCCGGCCAGCCCCUUCCACGUAUGGGGGACAGGUGCUGUCCGACAGCUUCAAGGUCUGCUUCAGUGGCAGCCGGGGCUCUGUGCAGCUGUGCACGCGUGAUGACUUCAUGAUCUGGCAGGCCACCUUCAGCCCGCUGGGCCCCUACUGGACUCACAUCCUGUUCACAUGGAAAUCCAAGGAGGGUCUGAAAGUCUACGUCAAUGGGACCCUGAGUACCUCUGACCCUAGCGGGAAAGUGUCGCAUGACUACGGAGAGCCCAAUGCCAACCUUGUGAUAGGGUCUGAGCAGGACCAGACUAAGUGCUAUGAGGACGGUGCCUUCGAUGAGUUCAUCUUCUGGGAGCGGGCACUGACCCCAGCAGAGGUCCGGAUGUACUUCUCAGCUGCCGUUGGGAAGCACGGGCUGCUGUCUUCCACCCCGCCCAGCUUUGUGACCCGGACGGCCAGCACCAUGGCGCCUGUGGAUGCCUACCAUCCCAUCAUAACCAACCUGACAGAGGAGAGACAGAGCUUCCCACGAGCCAGAACUGCACUGAAUUACCUUCAAAACGUGACCCUCAGCUUACCCAAUAAGCCUCUCUCAGAGGAAACAGCGUUGAAUCUCACAGAGACCUUCCUGUGGGCCGUGGGCCAGGUGCUGCUGCCGCCCAGCUGGACCAUGGCGUUGGAGGACAAGGCCCUGGUGCCCGACCUCCUCGACACCAUUGACACCGUCAUGGCCCAUGUGUCCUUCAAUCUGCAGGGCGGCAGGUUGCAGGUCACCCUCGCAGGCUCCUCUCCUGUGGCAGACUUCUCCUUGGCCAGGCUCACCCCGGGGACCCUGAGUGCGGCGCACUACCGGUUCCCUGCCCAUGGGGACAGCUACAUCAAGAUUCCCGGUGAGGCCCUUCGUGGCCAAGCCUGGACCACCAUCGUGGGCCUCCUCUACCACUCGGUGCACCAGUACGUGGGCAACAUCCCCCUGGCCAGCACCACGAUUCCCAUGCUGGCCAGCUGCAGAGACGGCCUGCUGUCCACCGCCAGCCCCCUCAUCUCGCUGGAGGUGCGGCCCCCGCCUGCGCUCUCCCGGAACCUCUCGGGGUCCCCCCUGGUCACCGUGCAGCUCAGACACAGCCUGACUGGUAAGCAGCACAUCGAUGCCACCAACGGCAGCAACCAUGUCUUCCUGUACUGCGCCUUCCUGGACUUCAGCUCUGGUCAAGGUGUGUGGUCGAGCCGGGGCUGUGCGCGUGUGGAAGGAAACCUGACCUACUCUGUCUGCCGCUGUACCCACCUCACCAACUUUGCCAUCCUCAUGCAGGUGGUCCCGCUGGAGCUCCCGCGGGGACACCAGGUGGCGCUGUCCUCCAUCAGUUAUGUCGGCUGCACGCUGUCCGUGCUCUGCCUGGCGGCUACGCUGGUCACCUUCGCUGUGCUGUCCUCUGUCAGCACCAUCCGGAACCAGCGGUACCACAUCCACGCCAACCUGUCCUGCGCUGUGCUGGUGGCCCAGGUCCUCCUGCUCGUCAGCUUCCACGCAGAGCCGGGCACGGUCCCCUGCCAGGUGCUGGCCACGCUGCUGCAUUACUUCUUCCUGAGCACCUUCGCCUGGAUGCUGGUGGAGGGGCUGCACCUGUACAGCCUGGUGAUCAAGGUGUUCGGGUCAGAGGGGAGCAAGCACCUCUACUACUAUGGCAUAGGAUGGGGCCUCCCUCUGGUCAUCUGUGUCGUCUCCAUCUCCUUCGCCAUGGACAGUUACGGGACAAGUGACAACUGCUGGCUGUCGCUGGGCACAGGCGCCAUCUGGGCCUUUGUGGGCCCCGCCCUGCUGGUCAUCGUGGUCAAUGUGGGCAUCCUCAUCGUGGUCACCAGAGUCAUCUCCCAGAUCAGUGCUGACAGCUGCAAGAUUCAUGGGGACCCCAGCACCUUCAAGCUGACGGCCAAAGCUGUGGCCGUGCUGCUGCCCAUCCUGGGGACCUCGUGGGCGUUCGGCGUGCUGGCCGUCAAUGGCCAGGCCCUGGUCUUCCAGUACAUGUUUGCGGUGCUCAACUCCCUACAGGGCGGCUUCAUCUUCCUCUUCCACUGUCUCCUGAACUCUGAGGUGAGAGCCGCCUUCAAGCACAAGACCAAGGUCUGGUCGCUUUCGAGCAGCUCAGCCCGCAACGUUGCCAGGAAGCCCCUCAGCUCGGACACUAUGAACGGGACCCAUCUGGGCUCGGCCUCCACCAGGCUGGGCCCCUGGGACAAGAGCAGCCACUCCGCCCAGCGUGUGGACCUGUCCUCCGUGUGAGGGCCCAGAGCGAGUGCACUCUCGUGUGGCGUGGGACACACGACCCUCUCCUGCCUGCCAUCCCGUGGUCAAAGCCCCACCCAGGGCUGUGUGUGACACACAGGAUGCGUGGCCCGUGGUGGUAUGACCCUCCCAUCCUGGGACGCUGUGACACCAACCGCAGCCCCUCCACGUCCACAUGCAGAGUGCAGGAGCCCAUGGGGCUGUGGCAGGGCAAGGUCUCCUCUGUCCCGGCUGUGUGAGGGGUCCUGGCCUCUGUGCAUGCUGGACACUGGGCUGGCAUCUCCGGCCACCCUCGUGAGGACGCUGGCCUUGUCCUCGGGACCGAUGGCACCCCCUUGUGAAAACCACUGCCCACAGCCUGGGCUUUGGGCCAUAGCAGGUGGCAUGGUGGGGCAGCAGCCCGGCCCGCAUCCCUUGAGCUUUGCCGUCUGGAUGGAGGUCAGCUUAGGUCCCCUCCCAGCACCAGCCAGCCUCCCUUCCGGCCCCCCACAGCCCACUGCCUCCUUUGCAUUCUUCUGAGCCCAGACUGCUGGUCCCCGGCCUGGCUGCCUGCAGAGUUGCUUCCCUGAUGGCGGCAGGGAAAGGCUGGCCACCUCCCUCCCGUGAGGAGACCCCAGGUGGCUCUUGGGGGUGGGGGAGUGACACAGCCUGCUGUGUUGGGCUCAGACCCAGGCUGGGAAAGAGGGCGCUGUGAUGACUUGGUGGGCACACGGAUGCCGCGGGUGCUGGAGGGGCAGCACGGCCAGGACAGUCAGCUGGCGUCGGUGCUGGAAACCCCACUGAGCACUGUGACCGCCACCUCACUGCGUCCCUUGCUGGCCACACCUGCUUUGCUCCUGAGUGAAGUCUCACAGCUCUGUGGACAUUUCCUGCCUGUCAUCAGGGCCUCGUGCAUGCCAGGCACGCGCUCCCCCGGGCUCACAGGCCCAGCAUCCUCUGCACAGUGAGGAGGGGCUGCCCCAAGUGGGCAGGGCAGCGGCAGCUCCUGCAGGGUCAGCCUCUGCCCUCUGGCCACUGGACGGAGCCCUCCCUGUGCCCCGGGGAGCUGUAAGCAGGGCUGGCCCAGUGACACAGGCCCAGGCCACCCGAGAACCCGCCUCUGGCUGGGUCCCAUGCGCAGCACCGGAGGGAGCCCGGUGCCCAGGUCACCCCUCAGCCCGAGCACCCACCCAGCGCCUCCCCACUCCCAGGCCUCGGUCCAGGUGGAGCCCUUCCUUCCCGCCCUCUUCCCACUCACCCUGUGAGCUCAGGCCCCACCCGCGAUGAAGAACCCGUC